AAACACGUGCUUUAAGAUCCUGGUGAUUUACUGGUCACAUAUUCUCACGUGAAUAAGCCUUUUUGACGUUUUUACCUACGACACAUUACACUUGGCCUCCUUCCGGUUGGCAGUCGCCCAUAACUGCAGGGAUAUUUUAUCACUGUGCAUGGUUUUUAGUUAUAAAAGCCAAGUUAGCCACCGACAGCAUCGUUUGGAGCUCCUCAGCCGCAGCUCUCAUCUCAAGCGAACAGCGAUGCAGAAGACGUGAGGAUGGACAGGAAACGCUCGUCCUUCUCUCUCUGAGCGUGUCUGGGCUUCUCCUCUUCGUAGUUUGACUGGGCCAAACUCUGCCUGUCACCAUCCCACAGCAGUUUGCGUGCAUGCUGGUUUCCACCAGGAGGAAGAAGCUCCAGGCUAUUGUGGUUUUACAUAAGGCAGCCUCAUCUAAUGACAGCUCCUCUUUUGCUUUUUUGAAUGUCAUUACCAUGAUCGACCUUCGUGGAAAGAUGAAUUUCUUGCGCAAUCGUCUUGUUGUUCUGGGCCUGGUGAUGCUGGCCACCCUGCUGCUGUAUCUCCUACUGCCAUCCAUCCGCCAGGGCAACAUGGAGCCUUCUCUUGAAGCUCAGAAGUUGGGGCUGAUGGCCACCUCCCCCCCUCCACUUCCAAGCACCAACAUAACUAUCCGCACCGGACAUCUACCUGGGGAACCGCCUCUGUUUUUCCGAGAGGCGUUGCCAGUCGACAGCACCGGACGGCAGAUAUUCCCACGGCUGCAGGUGGUCCUCCUCCAUGGCCAGGCUUUCACAUCUAAAACCUGGGAAGAACUUGGUACGAUGACCCUGCUGGCAGUUAACGGCUAUCAGGCUCUCGCAAUGGACCUGCCAGGGUAUGGAAAAUCACCCGACUCAGAAGCUCUGAAAACCGACCAGAGUCGUGUCGACCUGCUUUCACGGUUCAUGGAGUCUCUGGCCGUCCAAGCACCGGUGCUCCUGAGCCCGUCCAUGAGCGGACACUACUCCAUUCCCUUUCUGGUGAAGAACAGUGCUCAGCUGCGAGGAUUCAUCCCUAUCGCUCCGGUUGGGACCCGGAGCGUGUCCCCUCAGCAGUACCAAAGUAUUCAGACUCCCACUUACAUCGUGUACGGAGCCCUGGACACAAACCUGGGCGCCCAGUCUCACCACAACCUCAUACAGCUCCCGAACCACUCCGUGCUCAAGAUAGAAGGAGCUCGUCACGCCUGCUACAUGGACAAACCCAGAGAAUUUCACCAAGGACUCAUUGAGUUCCUCAGCAUACUGAAGUGAGAUGUGAAGAGGAAGCAGUAAAUGAAAGAAGACUAGAAAAAAAAUAGAGAAAAGAAGGGAUUACCUGUUAUCCAUACAGGUGUUUAAAAUAAGUUCUGGUACAAGGGAAAAAGCUCAGCAUUAUUCAUACUAUAUUAUCACCUAAGGGGAGAUUAUUGGAGUGUUCUGUGUAAAAUAUUGAAUUGCACAAGUUGUCAUCUGAAUGUAUUAUUUUCCUCAAUAUCUCACGGCGUCACCUGAAGAAGACUUUCAGCUCGGCUUGUUGUAAUAUUUGCUUUAUCUGUGUUCGGUGGUACGUUUAGUUUCACGUGGUUUCAUUGUGUCUCUGGUUGCAUGUAAAAACGUGGAAUGUGUUUGCUUUACUGGGAUUAUUUAUCAUUUUUGUAGGUGACUCUACGUCUGCAAAUGUUGCAGUUACUUGUAUUUAAAAAUAUUGUGCCAGUUUCACACUUGAAAGACCUUCAUGUGAAGAUCUGGCAACAAUCUCAGCUGCCCAAAAGCAUGCUGAGCUACAAUAAACAGGAUUAGUACAAAGUGUAAAAAAAAAAAAAAAA